AUAUUGGACAUGGAAAUUUUAAUUGGGGAAGAGCUCUGCCUUUACCGACAAGGGCUGCGGCAACAUGUUUCUAGGGCUGGUGUUGAAAAACUGACUUUUUUUUCUCUUUUUCUCCUUUAAAUUUUACUGCUGGCGUUUUCCAAAUGGCAUUUGUCAAGAGGGCAUUAACUGAGCGGACUGUUGGAUCCCCUUACAGAUCAUGAUUUUGGAAGGAAGUGGUGUGAUGAAUCUCAAUUCCAGCAACCAUCUUCUCCACCAACAGCCGGCCUGGACAGACAGUUACCCCACGUGCAAUGAUGUGGAAACUGAGGCUCAGAAAACUGGAUACAACUGCUGCCAGCCUCGCAUUGCAGAAGCUCUGACACACUUAGGCACAGCGAGAAGAUUAGGUGAUAAUGUGUACACUCCAGUUUCCAGUGGGUUUUUUGGAGGCCAGUGGCACGAGAUCCAUCCCCAGUACUGGACCAAGUACCAGGUAUGGGAGUGGCUUCAGCAUCUCCUGGAUACCAAUCAGCUUGAUGCCAAUUGCAUCCCCUUCCAGGAAUUCGACAUCAACGGGGAACAUUUGUGUAGCAUGACCUUGCAAGAGUUUAGCCGAGCAGCGGGGGCGGCCGGCCAGAUCCUCUAUAACAACUUGCAACAUCUCAAGUGGAAUGGUCAAUGUAGCAGUGACCCGUUCCAGUCCACCCACAAUGUCAUCGUGAAGACAGAGCAAGCAGAUCCUUCCAUCAUGACCACUUGGAAAGAAGAUAAUUUUUUAUAUGAUGCCAACUAUGGUAGCACAGUAGAAAUGGUGGACAGCAAAACCUUCUGCCGAGCUCAGAUCUCCAUGACAACCACUGGCCACCUCCCAAUUGAUUCACCCGAUCUGAAGAAGGAGCAGGAGCAUCCCGCCAAAUCUCACCCCAAAAAACAUAACCCUCGAGGGACUCACUUGUGGGAGUUCAUCCGAGAUAUUCUCCUGAACCCGGAUAAGAACCCGGGGUUGAUAAAAUGGGAAGACCGGUCUGAGGGCAUCUUCAGAUUCCUGAAAUCGGAGGCAGUGGCUCAGCUCUGGGGGAAGAAAAAGAACAAUAGCAGCAUGACCUACGAAAAACUCAGCCGGGCUAUGAGAUACUAUUACAAACGAGAAAUUCUGGAACGUGUGGAUGGACGGAGACUGGUAUAUAAAUUUGGGAAGAAUGCCCGGGGUUGGAGAGAAAAUGAAAAUUAGGGCUGUCGGAACAGAAAUCAACACACACACACACACACACACACACCCAACAAGCCAAGAACCUCUGGACGUAAAUAUUUCAAAGACUACUUUUCUCCUAUUUAUGUACCAUAAGGGAAGAAACAAUCUACGUCUAACGGGAAGAAGGAACACUACAGUUGUUAAAAUUAUUUUGUUACUUUGAAGUAUGUCCUGUAUGAGGAAAAAACGUACACAGUUUUCUGUGAAAUAUGAUGCUGAAUGUGGUUAUGAUCAAUUUUUGCCUCUUGUGAAGUUCAUUUCUGUUGCAAGAAUAAUGUGGUUCUCCACUUUUUGCUACCUGCCUAGAGGACAAGAAAAAACAAAAAAGAAAUCAGAGGGCAUUAAA